AUGAUUACGCUUAAUAGGAAAUUGAAAAAAGAACAUACAGUGCCCAGUAAUGGCUUGGCUAGUGAACCUGUGAAAAGAAUAUCUAUUCGGGAUAAGCUCCUGAUAAAAGAAGUGCAGGAGAUGAAUGAGAACCUGCCUAUGACUUGUAGUGUCCAUUUUGAGGACCCAAAUGUGUUAAAUGAGUUUAUAUUGACUGUUACACCAGAUGAAGGUUAUUGGGUUGGAGGAAAGUUUAAAUUCAGUGUUUUUGUAACUGAAGAGUAUAAUAUGGCACCACCCAGAGUGAAGUGUCUAACUAGAUUAUGGCAUCCUAAUAUUAAUGUAGAUGGUGAUGUAUGUCUAUCACUGUUGCGGCAGACCUCAAUAGAUGAACAUGGAUGGGCACCUACUCGGAGACUGAAAGAUGUUGUAUGGGGACUAAAUUCUUUAUUUACUGAUCUGUUAAAUUUUGAGGACCCACUCAACAUUGAAGCAGCUGAGUUGUACAACAAGAACAAAACAGAGUUCCAGGCGAAGGUUCAGGAGUAUAUGACUAAAGGGAAAAGAUGA